ACGUUAAUGUCGGUGUUAUAUGUUGCUUUAGCUGGAAUAACCGCUGUAUUUGUUUUAAUCACACGUGUCAGUAUGUUUAACUCUCAAAUUGCCAUGUGGUGGAAAUCCACGUCACUCCAGUCAGCUAGCGUUUUGCAGUGAAAGAGAAACUUCACUUUUCCUGACGUCAUGGUCAUAAAAAAAUACUCGAAGCUCAAAUAUAAGAAUCGCAGUUUAACAACAUUGAGGUUCUGUGCACUAAAUGUUUGGGAAAACGGUAUUCCAAAUAGAGCACUAUUUAUUAUACCAUCAUCUGCCUAAAGAUUCUCCAUUAAGUACAGGGGUCACCAACCUUGAAACAGAGCUACUUCUUGACUCACUGCUCACCCCCUGUAAGGAUAAACAAGAGAAAAAAGAACAUGGAGGAAUUCUCUAUUGGGACAGUGGAGACAGUGAUUUUAGGUUCCAGCAUUGCUUUCUCAGGCCUCUUCUAUUAUCUGUACAGAAAGAAACUCAAAGCUGUGGACAAACUCAAUAAUGCUCCUCACAUUGCUAUAAAUGAAAAACUAGUGGAUCUUCUGAAUGCCACACCUGGGAAGUGUCUGCAGUAUGUGGUUAUUAAAGGCACAGUCCAACCCUUAGAGGAGCCCCUGUGCAGUCAGUUUAAGGAAGGAACCUUUGGUGUUAUUCAGAAACUGCUCCUCCGAGAACAUAAACUUGUGUGGAACGGUUUGGCACGUACCUGGGUGGACCGUGAGCGUGUACUGCAUGAGCGUGUGAGCAGCGUGCCCUUUUCUCUGGUGGGAAAUGAUGGAGCAUGGGUGCAGGUACUUCGUCCAUUCGAGGCGUCUGGCCCUGAGAUGGAAACGGUACAUGAGAAGUUCCACCAGGCAAACUAUGGCUUUAGUGACCUGCUUAGCCAGUACUUGAGUGGCGAGAAAAGAAAGGGCCAGCUGGAGACGGAGGAAAUGCUGAGAGUGGGUGUGUCCAUCACUGCUGCUGGGGAGCUCAUCCUCGAUUCAGACCGCCUGCUAAAACUCCGCCCCCCGACUGACGGUUCGAACUACUUCCUGACCAGGGCUGACUUUGAGUCACUUAAGCUUGACCAAGAGGGCCAGGCAUCGUGCUGGUGGGCCCUGGCGGGUGUGUUUGCUCUAGCGGGUGUUGCUGUAGUUCUGUGGGCAGGAUUUCGGUGUUAUAGGCGGAUCCAGAUGAAAUGGGAGAGAGAGAGGAUAAAGAGGGAGUUUGAUCGACCUGAGGAGGGUGUGGAGGACCGCGAGAAUACGUGUGUAAUCUGUUUGAGUAACCCAAGAGGGUGUGUGUUUCUGGAUUGCGGACAUGUGUGUUGUUGCUACAGCUGCUAUGAAGCACUCCCUCAGCCAACAUGUCCAGUGUGCCGGCAGGGGAUCAUUAGAGUUGUGCCCCUCUAUCAGUCCUGAACACGAAAGUGCAAGAGAUAGUGGAUUAGGACACUACAGAAGUCUGUGAUGCUGUGAGUCCAGAGGGUUAAGAUGUCCAGUACGUUAUCCUCUACCAGGCUUCAGAAAAAGCUGAAGAAAUGAAUGGAAGGUGGAGUAAAAAAAACAAAACCCCACAAAGGAACACAGAUAGAAAGGAUAGACAACUGGGUAUCUUACCCUUAUUACUGUAUUUGUUAAUCUUUCUCUGUCUAGUUCUCCAUCAUUAAAAAGUUUGUGGGUUUUUCUUGUGCACCUACUUUAAAAUAGAAUUUGUUUGUUCGAUAGUUGCCUAUAUAAAAAAUUAAAGAAAUGUGAAGGGUUAAAAUGUGUAUGCUUGUCAUAGAGUUACAACAAAUCCUCUCAAAAUUUAAGACCUUUAGAAUAUGUGACAGCAUACUUUUCAUACAAUGUGACAUACUUUAAGCAUGUACAAAAAAUUUGUAAGCUAAUAAAAAUAUCGGAAAGGAACAGGAAAAGAACAUGUUUAUCGUUAAUGUGAAGUGGGAUUUGUUGACUCAAUAACUUCAGCAGUUUCAGCAAUAAAACAUCUAUUGAUCUAUCAUGUUCAACACACCAGCUCAUGCUCCUUCAGGACUUCUGCACUGUCAACUUCAUCUGCUAUGCCGAAGUCACUCCUGCUAAGGUAUUCUGUACAACUUUCCUGAUCCGUUUUGACUGGCAAGAUAAAGGAAAAAAAUUUC